CGAGAGUACAGUACUGCGUCAGUCGUCUCCGUAGAUUUUACGAUAUCUGUGCAUAUUUUCAUUUUAAACGUGCCGGUAUAUCAGUUUAUUUCGAAUACUGCACAAUAACCAAGCUAAAUGUUCGUCCAAAACGCCACCCUGCAGUUUUUGCAUGGCGUUGUUUUUUUUUCUUGAAAUUGAAAGUGAAAGUGAACCGAUACUUGGUGCUCGAUAAGCAAGUCGGACACGUCUUACCUCAACAAUCAUGCGUUUGCUCAAGUUAUUAACUUUAUUCUUAUUUCUGUGUGUGGGUAUCCAGCAUGCUAAUCCUCUUACAUGGCUGCCCUGCCUUUUCAGUGACUAUAUUGUGCAAAUCAAUAACGAGGGUGCGCGUGACGUUCAGCUCCUGAAAAGAUCCAGCAUUCUGCAAUUUGGUGAACUAGGAGACAGUCCUGUGAACCCUCGCUCCAUCACUUUCCUUGUCAUUGUCUCCAAACUGGACCUGCGGUACUAUUUGAAGGACGUGGAAGCAGAUCUUGUGGAUUGUGACAUUCAUAGAUCCAACACCAAGGAUGUAGAUGUGAACUGGCCCGGCCAGACACCUCAUGAGUACAACUGUUGGUUCACCAUCACCCUGACACACACCAAAGGCUUGUUCACUGUCUCUGGAGUUCUCAGAUAUCCAUGUGAGCGCCCUCCCUCUGGACAACAGGAUCUCACCAAUUGGCCUGCUAUUGAGGACAGACAGACCCUCAUUACUAAAGUGGUUGUGAUCAUGAAAACACAAACUCCAACGGUGACAACAGGCCUGGGUUUCCAGAAAAAGCUCCACUGCCAGUUUGCUGUCGAUCACAAGAGACCAAACGUGAGCGUGCAGUGGUACCAGCUGUACCAUGGCGAGCGACGCAAUCUCUUCGGUCAUGACAGCCACUCUGGGGAAAGUCAGGGGAAGGGAGUUGACCCGAGGAAGCUAGCGGGUGGUGACCUUUCUUACACUCUCCCCUUCACUGAAGUCAAACACGCGGGCACAUACGUGUGCUCCGUGUCAGUGUUUCCCCUGUCUUCCAGCCUUGAAAUAAGUCUACAAAUUCAAGAGUCUCCCCAGGUGUCCCUCAGUGUUGGUCCCACGCUGACAUUGCAAGAUGGUGAGCUGAAGAAGGUGGUUUGCGCGGCAGAGAACUACUACCCGCUGGAUGUGGACAUUGCCUGGUACGAGCAGGACCUGGCAUCUUCGGGCCAGAGGGUCGGCGCUCCUCUCCCAAAGGCACUCGACAAUGUCCUGCUCUCCAGUCACAAAAACAACAUGGACAAGACCUACUCGCUGUCGGGUUUCUUCUACCUCCAGGCUUCGCACACACGCUCAGGGAAUCAGUUUACAUGCACAGUCUCCCAUCAGUCUCUGCGAAUGCCCAUUAAAAAAAGUUUCGUUCUUAUUGUUGAAGAACCGACCAGCUGGUUCUUCGUGCUCACUGUUUGCAGCGUUUUGGUCAUACUGCUGUUUGUCCUGUAUUUUAUGCUCAGACAACUCCACCAAGCUCGAAAAUACUCAUUGCGGAAAAAGCCAUACUGAUUGUACGUCAUGACAGAGAAGAACACGCAGAAGCAGGCAAAGCAUUUCCCCCUCAUUUAAGCAAUGGCAUUUUGAAAAAUAAUUUUUCAUUGGGAGAUUACCGCGACGAAAAAAAGGAAAAGCAGUUCAUCUUUUCGUUUAGAGCAGUGGUUCGCAAAUCUUUGACUCCAAGUGCCACCACUCAAACUAACACUAACAUACACAGAAAAAAGGUUUUUGUUAAUUUACUCCAUUUUAUUUCGUCCAGUUUUUGCAGGACAUAAAAUCCUCUGAAUUCAAAUACAUUUUUUUAAGUAGCCUAUCCAUCUACUUGGGAAAAAAAACAUAUAACCAUUUUCGAGGUGUACAGAUGGCCCAAGUGUUCAUCAAAAGAAAAAAAAGCUUUUAUUUCUAAAAAGCAUAUUUCAUAAUGUUAUUCAAUAAUAUUAUUAUGCAGUUUGAAAAUUAAGACUGCACCUAAAAUAGGAAGAUUAAAAAUGGUAUUGAAUAUUAAUUAAAUACAAAUGUAAUGCCCAAAUUAAUGUUUGAAAACAAACACUUCUUGAAAGUUUUCAUUCAAAUGUUUUAACUUAACACAUUAAACGAAACUGAAGUGAUUAUUUUAUAUACCACUAGAGGGAGCCGCUGUACCACGAGUGGUACCGCACUUGGACUGGCUAAGGUGAAAACAAAUGAAUAUAGGUUGAAAUAAUUUAAAUGUGUUGCUUGAACUUCAAAACGUACAACCUUUCGAGGCAUUUUAUGUUGACGAUCAGACUGUAAUUUAUCCCAUCUUAUAUAUUUUUUCCUCAAGUUCGUUUUGUAAAAACUACUCAGCAGAUGCUAAUGCUGUAAAACUAUUUUGUCGAAUGCAAUUCCUACUGACGAGAAUUUGAUUUAUCUCCCCCGUGGCCCUGAUUGCUCGUAAGAACGCGUUUUAUUUGUCACGAUCUUUUGCCUUUCCUCUGUGCAAAAUGCUUGUUGGUGUGUGGUAAUAUCAACGGAGCGUCACAAUUGUUCCCUAAGGGAUAAUAUGUAAAACACCUUAACUUGGUUAAAUAAACACACCAAAAGUCUGCUUUAUGCGCUUCUUUCCGAUCAAAUAAAUACACAUAAUCCUUUGGGUCCACUAGGUCUAGCUGGAUUUGUGUCUAAAACAUCUGUGUUAUCGCAACAUAAUCUGUCCUCAAUGAUCAUUUAUGUGUCUUCUCCAAGGAAUAUAAUAGACAGGUUCCCUCAUUAGAGUAGGAAUAUAAUAGACAGGUUCCCUCAUUAGAGUACUGACUGUCGCAGAAAUGGUGGGAAACACAAGGCUAUAAUAUGAAUAAAAGCUUCCACACAUGACUUGCACGUAGCGUAUCCGAAUUGUUGUUGUCAGGGGAGGUCAUAGUUUUUCUACUGUCAUUUAUCAUGAACGUCAAUGGCCGUGAGGAAAAAUGUUUGCCUUUCCGCGGGUAUGCGCUUUCCGUGUUGUUGUUUUUUUUGGGGGGGGGGGGGUUCGUUUCGACAGUCAUAGCACAUCUGCUCGGCAGAGUUCACGGGGCUUAAUCAUAACUGCCUCACCGGCUAAAAAAAUACAAAU